AUGGUGCAACUUGUGAAAGAGAAGUUUGAUGGAUUCCAAAUAACCUACAAGAGAGCAGGGCUAGCGAAACAAAAGGCAAUAAAUCUCAUUUAUGGGGAUUGGGAGGGUUCAUAUGAACAGUUGCCUAAGUACAUGCAAGCUCUCAAGGAAUCAAAUCCUGGAACUGUUGUCGAGUGGAGAUUGUUGGAGAGUACCGUUCCUGGAACACAUAUUUUCCAACGAGUUUUUUGGGCAUUUAAGCCAUGUGUUGAUGGAUUCCGUCACUGCAGACCCCUUAUCACCAUUGAUGGAACUCAUUUAUAUGGAAAAUACAGAGGCACUCUAAUUAUUGCUAUGGGAACGGAUGCUAAUUUUCAACUAUUCCCCCUUGCUUUUGCGGUUGUUGAAGGAGAGAACAAUGAUAGCUGGUCUUGGUUCAUGGCUUGUAUUCGAGCUCGAGUUACAUAUAGGAAAGGGCUAUGUGUGAUAUAUGAAGACAUGCUGGUACUUGAUGGAAAUACCAGCAGCUAUGUCGAGCAUGUCAGCGAAAUUCGAGACAGAUUGGAGGCCCACUCAUCCUACUACAGUUGUGGUCGUGGGAGCAUAUUACUAUUGGCCGACCAUACGUUAGGAGACCUCGAGAUCCGCCACAGGAGGACCUUGAGGAUGAGGAUGAGGAUGACAUUUUGGGGACUCAACAUCGGCGAGGUAUUGACCCUUUGGCGUGCAGGUACAAUGUUUGCUUCAAAUUCAUGUUCUUACAGUUCUAUCUCUCAAGAAUUAUUAUUAACGAGUUUUUACAGGUGGUUACGUGUCCAUCUCUCGUGUGCGCAUACUGCUUCUGGACUACCAUACUACAGAGAUGCGUUUGACCAUCAGCGCGAGGACCAGAUGAUUUGGCAGCCAUAUACUGAGGCAGUGAUGGACCGACUUCCAGAGAUUUGUCGCUCUGACAUGCACAUCUGGCGUACACGAGCACCUCUGAUUUUCUUUGAUGUCGUUAAGUUCCACCUCCCAGACCGAGUCCUUCGUCAGUUCGGGUUAGAGAAGCCGAUCCCAUGUUAGGUUUUAUAGUGAUUUCAAUCAAGAAAACACUCAAUAAAG